AUUUAUUUAACGCGGGCAUAAAUACUAAUCGACAAUGAGUUGGAAUAAGCGGAAUACUAGUCACAUAUCAAUAUACAACUACCCGGAACAUUUAAAUCCAUUCUACGAAGAUGACAACCACAAGCGCCUUCGAUUUUGGGGAUUUAGCAAAAAGAAGAACGAAAAUGGCAGGCACAGUUUGUCUAUUGGAAACUUGCAAGAAUUGUGGAAAUCGUAUUCUUUUCGUAAAAAGAAGUCCUCAACAUUGGGAAUAAAUAAAACCUCUGAGAGCCCGCCGACCCUAAGACGAGACCUAAAUGAUAAUUCGUAUUUGAAUUCUAGGGUUUUCCGGGGAGACCGUCACACAUCCCUUCAAUCCCUUCCCAUGGAUUCCCGAAGAGAGUCUGAUUCAAUCUCCAAUGGGGCUUACUUUAAUCGUAAUGAUCGCUACAGAAGCACAACGCAGUUUUCUGGAUAUUCCUCGCCAAAUCAACAAAAUAUAAGGUUAUCACAAACUAGUCUAGCCAGCUCAAAUCCUUUCGAAUCGCAACCGGAUUCGUGUCCCAGCUCCCCGAUGAGUAGUAGAAGAUAUCGCAAGAAGAGGAGAGCUCCGCCGCCGCCAAAACUAGUGGUCGAGGACUACCUAGCAACCAAAGACAUCGAGACUCUUGCCUCUGAAAUUGACGAGUUUGUUAACAACAGAAAAGAAUCUUUAAUAAAGCAAGAAGUUGGAGUGGAAGUACCGAAAUCAAAUCAACCCGCACCGAUCUCCGAAAGCGAACUUAACCCCAGCACGUCCAAAGCACCACAAACCAUUGAUAUAAAGCAAUCCAAUGGAAUAAGCACGGUCACUGAAAAGGAAAAUGUCACUAUCCUUGAAUCUAAUACCAAAACUAAUACCCGCACUUCCCCAACACAACAAUGGAUUGGCACAGUACACUUAAAGCAGUCGAAAGAACCGGAAAUAUUAAUCACACCUACUGAGGGUCAAAAAGUCAUUUCCUCUAAUACUUCUAGCCAGGCUAAGCCCUGUAUUUCCAAAAAACCCGAGUGCAUUGCGAGCGUACAUAUUAACCAAUCCUCUGAACACAUAACAGUAUGCUCUGAACAAAAACCAAAUAACGAAUUCAGCGUUCAGCUAGAAGAAAAGAAAAAACAAAACGGCACUGUACCUGUGCAUAUCAGGGAAGAGCUUUUAGUUACUAAAGGUAUUUCAAAUGAGGCAGAUAUUCCGCGUAGUUCAGAAAUUGUGAAACAAUCAGUCAUUUUGGUAGAUUCUGAAGAAUCUAUUAGCCCUAGCACUUCCAAAACACAACAGUCUAUUGCCCACAAAGAUGUUAAACUAUCCAAUGAAACCGAAAGUGUAAGCACCGAUGUAGAACUAAGAGAUAGCGCCUGCGUAGAAGAUAGAAAAACGAAUUCGUUUGGCACGGUUAAGCAAAUUUCCCAGAUCUUUGAAGAGAACAUUAGUUCCAGUGGUCCUAGUGUUAUUCCCAAACGAAAUACAGCAAAUAUCUGUGAGUCAAAUGGUGCAAUAUCAAAGAAUACAGAGAAUCAUCUUGUUUCUAAUGUAAUCCAACCAAACCCAGCUCAAAUUAGCGAAGAUUUACAAAUAAGAGAAGAGUUUGAAUUGGAAAGUGAUCUAAGAAUUGGUGAAAGGCCAAGAAGGUCUUCCAUCUCAGCGGAACGGGAAUCAAAUUCUACACCAACACCGCGGAUGCGGAAGAAGAAGUCCAUAAAGGAAGUGCUAGAAUCUAUAAGCAGAAAUCAGAAGAUUUUGAAUGAAAGUGCGGCCAAGGGCACAAAGGUGUAUCUAACACCCUCCUAUGCGGAGAAUAAAUACAACUAUCCCAAUGAGUUGAAUAACGUUAAUAACAGAUCUUCCAAAGAAGUCACGUCUACCAAUAUUUCUGUUAGCACAUCGGAUACCGAUGAGUUACCAUCGCAAAGUAAUUUGUUUAUAAGCAAGAUAAGCAAAUUCAAGGGUCAAUUCAGGGAGUCAUCUCCCACUUCAUCAAACCUAGAUUGGAACCCAUUGCCGAAACCAAGUCGAGCCCAUAAUUCAGCUAGUUCUAAUUUCAACAACGGCUCGUGUUAAGAGUUAAAUUAAUUAUGCUUUACACAAAACAAAUAUUUAUAUUAAACCAAAACCAAAUUUAUACGCAAUAAAAUAAAAAGUGUACUUAUUUAAAAAUGAAGUUAUUUUAAUGGCGAACAUGCACUAGGAAAUCUAUUAGC